AGUAUGACAAAUAUUGACAAUAUAGCCUUAAAACAUGUGUCAGUCAAAAAGUAACUUAAAACACUGUUGGAACAAAGGAGUACCUGCUACACUUGCCUUCUCAUUCAGUCUCCUGGUGUUUCUUUCCAUGGCCUCCGUAACUGCUGCUGAAGACGACGAAGGGGUUUUAAGAGAAAGAAGGGGCAUUUCACCAGCACAUUACUUGUUUAAAAUCGAGGGUUUCUCACUCUUUUCCAAAAAUGGCCUAGACAAAAUUAGUUCAAAAACCUUCAAAGCUGGAGAGUACAAAUGGAAGAUUUUACUAUUUCCAAAGGGGAACAAUAGAGGUAAGGGUGAUUAUGUAUCCAUAUACCUGAUGAUGGAAAUCACUACUAAUAUACCAGUUGGCAAGGACAUCAAUGCAUUUUUCAAGUUCUUUUUGUUUGACCAAUUUCGAGGAGAGUAUUUGACUGUUCAAGGGAGCGCAAGACGUUUUGAUUGGGUGAAAAAUGAAUGGGGGUUUGAUAAGUUCAUUCGUUUAAUAGAUUUUGAACAGCCUACAAAUGGUUUUCUGGUUAAUGACACAUCAUUUUUUGGAGUGGAGGUUUUUGUUACUGAAAGCUCAAGACUCGGUGAAUGUCUUUCAAUCUCAGAAGUUCCUAAUAUAUCUGGCUUUCCUAAUAUAUCUGGCAAGUACGAGUGGGUGAUCAAUCAAUUUUCGAAGUUGGGAGAGGAAUGUUUUUCUAAUGUGUUUAUUGUCGGAGGUCAUAAAUGGAAGCUACACCUUUAUCCCCAAGGCUAUUCAAAUUAUAAAGGUUUCAGUCUUUCCCUGUUUUUGGUGUCUGUGGAUUCCCAAAGUCCCAUGUCUGAUCACAAAGUGAAAGCAGAGUUCACGCUAACACUUAAAAACAAGUUUUCUGGGAAUUAUGCAAAGAAUAGAACUACCAUCUGGUUUGGUGCACCAACACAACGCCAUGGUUGGCGCUCUUUCAUCAAACUAAAAGAUCUACAAGAUCGUGCAAAAGGCUUUUUAGCUAAAGAUAGUUGCGUAAUUGAAGCAGAAGUUACAGUGGUAUGUGAAACUAGUCAGAAGAUGCUAAACUGCUGAUUUCCUCUUCUUUCUUAGGAGCAGCAUUUAAGCAUUUCCUGAUGCCUUCGGUAUAGAAUGUUGAGGAAAGUAUUCCUGAGGUUUUCAUGACCCUUUUGCAUUGAAACAUUGAACAUUAUGAUGAUAUUUGCAUUUUGAUGUAUUAACUGAUUUUUAUUGCCUACUGUACUAUUUUUGGUACUAAUCAGAAUUGUUGAUGAAAUAUUUUUUUGAGGAUGAUAAUUUUACAUUCUAAACCA